AAAUGUACAAAAAAGCGUGAUGCACGUACAAAGAUGUUUUUUUGCCAAUCUAAACCGCAGUCGCCGUUGCAAAGACUCCCUAAUUGUUGUCAUCCAGAAAUUUUGUUACCAUGGUAACGUAACGUCACACUUCUCCUCUCUCUACUGAGUCACUAAUUCAUCCUUGUUUAACUUACGGUCUUGCCGCCUGGGGUCAGGCAUGCAAGACUUAUUAUCUUGAUAAAAUUUUAAUUCUUCAGAAAAGAGCAUUUCGUUUGUUGUUCUUCGCAGACAGGCGUGACCAUGCAAUUCCUCUAUUUCUCGAAACUAACGUGCUAUUAAUAACUUUUCUUUAUUAUGAGUCAGUAUCAACUUUAAUGCACGAUAUCAAUAAUGAUAAAGCGCCAGUAAACAUGUCAAAUCUAUUUCAGAAAACGUCUAAUAUUCACUCAUACAAUACACGAUCGUCUACGUCUGGAACGUUCUAUGUUAAAAGCUCUAGACUAGAAAUACAAAACAAUUCUUUCUCCCGACUCAGAGUCAAGCUGUGGAACGAGAUACCGAGGUAUAUAACGGAUCUGCCGAAGAAAACUUUCAAAAGAGUUCUUCGCAAAUUUCUAUUUGAUUUCUUAGAAAAAGAGGAUGACUUUAUGUAGAUAGAUACCCUUGUUAAACGUUUUAAUAUCUGCUUUUCCUUUUCUGUGUUAUCCAUCUUUAAAAGUCAGUGACUCCUUAUCCUUAAGUGCAUUGUUAUAUUAAUAAAUUAAGUUUGUCAGUAAGCACUGUGUAGUUAAUUAGAUCACUGAACGUCUUUGUUUUAUUUAUUUUAAGUUGCAAUCUGCAAGGCUUUGUAAUAGUUUAAGGUUUUCAUUUUUAGAUAUGUUAUUCAUGUACUAGUCUUGCCCCGCCACAACUAGCUUUCCAGCUAUUUGCGGGGGCAAGCUAUCCAACUCCUGCAUACAAAGAAUAAAGUUGUUGUUGUUGUUGUUGUUGUAUUGUACAUUUACUUACCCAAGGUGUUAAUUAUAACCAUCCUGGUUAAAACGCUUAAAAAUAUAGAAUUAGCGAUUGCACGAUACGUCUUUUCUCAAGCUAGUAUGACUAUCGGAUUCAAACUUUAGAAUGUGCAUAACAUAACUGCGUUUUUAAAUUGUUUUGAGCUUGAAGUGGUCAGUUAUUUUUUAUUUUUUUUAUAGCAAUUCUAUGCACAUAUGGGAAAAUCUUUCAAGAUGAGUGGAAAAGGCGGCUCCGUAGAACAUGAUGGCGGUAUUAUGUCCUUCCAAAUUUCAUAUCUAUACGAUUUUGAAAGUUUGUUGAAAGUAUUUACAGAUUCUAGAAAUUCAAAUAAUUAUUGAAUUAUUUGACGUACUCGUGUCAUUAAACACUCAUUGAAUGAAUAGUUUUUAACUGUUUGAUAGACAUCAGUUUGCAUUGUGUGACAAUUCGUUUAUAACCCUUAACCGAACAGAAAGUUUAAGACAGUGCUCAUUUGUUUGUACAUUCUGUUCUCUUGAUAAUGCCAAGGAGAUCUUACUUUUCCCCUUCCCCCUUGCCGGGAUCAAUUUGCUUGGUUUUCAUCUGUGUAUUUUACUCUGUUCGUAGUACGUAGUUCGGGUUCCGUUAAGUACAGAUCUCAUAACUUUGUAAACAAGCUCAAUAUCCAAGCGUGUUUGUUAUGUGUAAUUUUAAAAUUAUCUUUUUUCUUUGGCAUUACAGAUAAGGAUCCUGUCACAGAACUUAAGCCACAAGAUUCACAUGACACAGGAUUACCAGGAGCUACAAGUGACAUUGAAGAAGAUAGUAAGUGGUAG